AUGAUCUGCUUAAAGAACUGUUCAUGCUUAGCUUAUUCGCACGAUGGUGGAAUCGGGUGUAUGACAUGGGGUGAAAAUUUAGUUGAUAUACAAAAGUUUACUCAAGGUGGUAAAGAUCUGUACAUUCGCUUAGCUCGUUCAGACAUUGAUGUUGCUCAAAAGAACAGUACAGAUCCUGCUCGAAAUGACAACACGAAUACUGCUCCAAAGAAGAAUCGGGAUCUUGUAACUAUUGUAGUCCUUGUAGGAACACUUGUCAUCAGCAUUUGCACCUAUUUCUUUUGGAAAUGGCUGAAACAACAAAGAGGUUUCAUAUCUCACCCUCAAGGAAAUAUUGAUUUGGACAAUAUCCACAAAGAAACACCAGACAAUCCAGAGCUAGCAACUGCCACAAGUAAUUUUUGUGGAGCUCAUAUGCUUGGCCAAGGUGGAUUUGGGCAAGUGUACAAGGGAACGUUAUCUGAUGGACAAGAAAUAGCUGUGAAAAGGCUAUCAAAGGGGUCGAUACAAGGUCUAGAGGAGUUUAAAAAUGAAGUCAUAGUUCAGCACAGGAAUCUGGUUAAACUUCUAGGUUGUUGUCUUGAAGGGGAAGAAAAGAUGUUGAUUUAUGAAUACAUGCCUAACAAAAGCUUGGACGCCUUCAUUUUCGAUCCCACAAAACGGCAACGCUUAGAUUGGAAUAGAAGUUUCCAAAUCAUCCAAGGGAUAAGCCGGGGAAUGUUGUACCUACACAGAGACUCAAGACUGCGAGUCAUACAUAGAGACCUUAAAGUUAGUAAUAUUCUAUUGGAUGAAGACCUGAAUCCGAAAAUUUCAGACUUUGGUAUGGCAAGGAUAUUCGGAGGUAAUGAACAACAAGCAAGUACUAGAACUAGAAGAGUAGUUGGGACACUUGGGUAUAUGCCCCCAGAAUAUGUCUUGGAUGGACGGUUCUCCGAUAAGUCUGAUAUUUUUAGCUUUGGAGUGUUGCUACUCGAGGUUGUUAGUGGAAGAAAGACAACUAGUUUUCACCGUAUAGAGCAAUCAUUGAGCCUUUUGGGAUAUGUACGUAAGCAGUGUUUCCAAUUAAGUAAUCUUCACUUUGAUCUCUAUCUUAGUUUUAAUUGUUUAAUGCAUCCUUUCAGGCAUGGCAAUUAUGGAAUGAAAGAAUGUCCGAGAGAUAGACCAACUAUGUCUACGGCUCUUUCUAUGCUAACAAGCGAAAUCUCAACUCUUCCUACUCCUAAACAGCCUGCAUUCACUGACAGAUGGGUUUCUACAUCAUUGGAUUCCCUCACACAGAGCUUGGGAUCAUCUUCUGCAAAUCGUCUAACUGUAACAAAUAUUGAAGGGCGUUAA